GAGGGCGCAGUCGACGAUGGCGGACCGACUCGAGAAUUUGUACGUCUCCUAAUGAAUUCAGUUUUAAAUUCUACAUUUUUUGCUGGAUCAAUGGAGGAGAAGAGCCUGGCUUUGGACUCCCAAGGAUUUGCUAAUGGUACCUACAAAAUCAUUGGUAUGAUUCUGGCAGUGUGCCUGGUACAUGCAGGUGUGGGCCCCUGCAUAUUUUCAGAGAGGCUGUACAGCCACAUAACAAGCCAACCGGCCCCACCUGAAGACCUGGCUGAGGUGGAUGACCAUGACUUCCGUAGUCAACUACAGAAGAUCAAAAAUGCACGGAGUGUGGAGGAGGCACGUGAAUGGGUAGAGGAGGCUUCCACCUUCCUGUCAAUGCUGGGGGCCCUGGCUCCGAUCAUGUCCCUGGACGACAGGGACAAUCUUUUAAAAUCUGCUCUCCAUUAUUACUUGAAUGGUCGAUUGGAGGCUGUGACAAAUCAACUGAAGGAGGGACUGGAAAUCUUGGACGUCUUAAGAACAGUCCGAACAUACCCUGACAUACUCAAGUCCUUGUUUGUUGGGGGAGGGAAACCCCUAUCAGCUUCAGAAAUCAUGAAUCUGUUCAGUGUGGUGUACUCAGAAUGUGGCAGUAACAAAAGGGCUGUGGAGGAGGUUGCAGUUGGCUAUUGGCGGGACUGGCUCAUAGAUGUUGAGUUAGGUGAAGCAGUCAUCAUCACUGAAGAUGGGGAAGAAAACAUCACUCUGUCCUUGGAGAAUGUUUAAGUUUUUGCCUCUGGUGCCGCUACGGUUCCCCCUUUUGGAUUUCCCUGCAAACCUUCCUUGGAAUUUUUGCAUGCCCCCUUGAACGGCAAUAGGCCUAUUUUCCCCGAGGCCAACAGCUGUGGGAUAGUGCUUUAUCUACCUCUGCAUAACACUUAUGAAGACUUUACCAAAUGGAUGAAUGAAGGGAUUAUUCAGUCACCAACCUUUGGUUUUGCUUGAAGUGGAGUUGAAGAGGAUCUUAUGUC